UGCCCUGCGCGGGGCUGGCUCCUGCCCACAGUUGAGUUUGGCCCCGAGCGGAACGGUCUGGCCUGGCCCGGUGGCGCCGUCGUGGUUCCCAACGCGCCCCUUUUCGACCACCGCUGUCCCCGCCCCGCGGGGAGCGAACAUGCGACUCCGGCUCCCAGAAGAGGCCGCCGCCGGCGAGUGAGGAGCCGCCGCCCCGGCCCGGCCCGGCCUGGCCGCGCCGCCCGCCCGCCCCGGCCGCAGCCGCCCCGCUUCGCCCAGGCAAUGACAGCGGCUCCGGCCCCCUCCCCGCAGCAGAUCAGGGACCGGCUGCUGCAGGCCAUCGACCCGCAGAGCAACAUCCAUAACAUGGUGGCAGUGCUGGAAGUGAUCUCCAGUCUGGAGAAAUACCCCAUUACCAAAGAGGCACUUGAGGAAACGAGACUUGGGAGGCUUAUCAAUGAGGUGAGGAAGAAGACAUCCAAUGAAGAGCUUGCCAAACGUGCCAAGAAAUUGCUGCGGAAUUGGCAGAAGUUGAUUGAACCUGUAACCCAGAAUGACCCUGUGCCAAGAGGGCUGCCGAACCCGCCCGGCUCAGCCAACGGUGGUGCUCACAACUGCAAGCCAGAAGCACAGCUGCCUGCUGUGGCUGGCUCAAAGCCGAUCAGCGACCUGAAGAGCAGGAACGAUAUCCAGAAACUAAACUCUCCAAAACCAGAGAAACUAGGAAAUCGGAAAAAGAAAGGUGAACACAGGGAUGGGCAUCAGGGCCCUCUUCCCCCAAAGAUCUCCAAAGCUAGUCAUGAAGUAUUACAGAACUCUUCACCCCCUCCAACAAAUGGAAUUGGAGGUAGUCCUGAAAAUUUUCCCAGUCCUGUAGACAUAAAUCUACACGCAGGGCCCGAGAGCAGCAGGACAGAACUCAGUGAAAACGAUAAACACAAUAAGAUCCCAGUAAAUGCUGUCAAACCUCACACCAGUUCUCCAGGACUUGUAAAACCUUCAAGCACUUCCUCAUUAUUAAAGACUGCAGUGCUUCAGCAGCAUGAUAAAUUGGAAGAAACCACGGGCCUGCACCAACCGAAGAGUCCUCGCUGUUCCUCCUUUAGCCCCAGAAAUGUCAGGCACGAUACUUUUGCUCGGCAGCACACCACAUACUCACCAAAGGAUUCCAUGCCUAGUCCAUCUCAAAGGUCUCAGCUCUUGGAUACCGCACAGGUGCCAUCACCGCCACCAUCCUUGAUGCAACCAUCGACACCUCCCAUGCCAGCAAAGAGACUGGAGUUAUCUCAGCAAUCAGUACCUGAGGCAUCUCAGCACUGGCAGGAGCAGCAGGUACCUUCUGAAAGCCAGCACAGGCACAUAGCAGGGACACUUCAACAGCACACAUCUCCCGGCUGCAAAACCAGCUCCCAUCCUGGGGAAUCUCUUGUACCACACAUGAGCUUUUCACAGGACACUUCAAAAGUGGACAGUGAUGAUGCUGCUUCAGGUUCUGACAGUAAAAAGAAAAAAAGGUACCGACCCAGAGACUAUACAGUCAACUUGGAUGGGCAUGUGACAGAAGGGGGUGUGAAACCAGUGAGGUUAAAAGAAAGAAAACUCACUUUUGAUCACAUGACAGGACAGAUAAAACCUUUAACACAGAAAGAUUCUUUGCAGGUAGAAAUCCCUGCACUUACUGAACAGCACAGGACAGAAACAGAAAAGCAGGAGCAAAAACCCAACCUGCAAAGCCCCUUUGAACAAACGAACUGGAAAGAGUUAUCCAGAAAUGAAAUCAUUCAGUCAUAUUUAAACAGACAGAGUAGCUUGCUGUCCUCAUCAGGAGUACAGACUCCAGGAGCUCACUACUUCAUGUCUGAAUAUUUAAAGCAGGAGGAAAGCACUAGAAAAGAGGCUAGAAAGACUCAUGUUCUAGCUCCUAACAGCAAACCUACAGACUUGCCUGGGGUCACAAGAGAGGUCACGAGUGAUGACCUCGACAGGAUACGUGAACAUAACUGGCCAGGUGUGAACGGUUGUUAUGACACACAGGGUAACUGGUAUGAUUGGACACAGUGCAUAUCCUUAGAUCCACACGGGGAUGAUGGUAGAUUGAACAUCCUGCCUUACGUCUGCCUAGACUGAGUACAGUUGUGCUAAAAAUGCUUUUACACCCGCAGUUAGCAGAGAGGGCAGACACCGUGCCACUUAACGCUGGAGAAAACAGCCUCCUGUCCUGGACACACAGGCCCAAUGAGCAGAGGGUGUGAGGGAGCUGGUUCCUUACAGCUCUGUCCUUUCAAUUCUCCUUUUGUGAAAUGCUGCUACCAGUUUACUAACAAUUGCAAAGGAAGGCAUACGAAGGUUGAUAAAUUGAGUUCAAAACUCUAUAGCGAGCCAGCUCUAAAAAGUGUUAGUCCCCAAGAAGUGAAGAGGAUUUCCAGCACUUUCUGAAUGCCAGAAUCUGAUUACAGGCAGGUACAGAGAAAAUUGUGGAAGUUACCCUAACAAAAUAUGCAUCUAUUUAUUUGACUUGAUUUGGGUUUUUAUUUGGCAGUGAGAUAAUGGGAGAGACAAUGUGCAAAACCUGUAGUUUUAUUUGUAUCACAUCCCUGGACACGAUUGUGUUUGUUUCCAAGUCAGGGGGUACAGAGGUUGGGGUUUAAAUGGCAGGUGUUGCACUGCAGGCCGGGCAACCGGCUUCAGCUCAACAUUCCAUAGGCAUCCACAUCUUUUAGUCUGGUUUCAGUUUAAAUCCAGUCUCUGAGAAAUGCUGCAAAAACUAGAUGUUUAACAAUAUUUUUUGAUUCCACCACCACCAGCCAAGUAUUUUCCCUCCUUUUCCCUUCCUGCAAACUUCUAGAAAAAUGAAACU